AUGAUAAUGUUUAAAGCUACUUUAUCCACCCUUCUAGCCCUGGUCUUUGCUCUUGCAACUUCUGAUGAUGGCACCUGUAACGGGAACAUUGGUGGAUGCUGUACCGAUGUCGAGUGUUUCCAGGGUGAUAAAGCAUUCAAGGCACUGGCUCUAGGCACUCAACUGACGUCUGCAAACGGAAAGUAUGAGUUGAAGAUGCAGACAAACGGAAACUUGGUGCUUUACUGCAAUAAACCAUGGCUUGGUGUUUUAGUGCCGAAGAAAAUUUGGUCCUCAAAAACAUUCAAUUCAAAUGGUCUUUUCUUUUUAGCUUCUAGCAACCUCGUCAUAUACAACGUGACUACUGGUGAUUACUGGGUUAGCGGUACUGAGAACACCGAUGGUAACAGGUUGAAAGUUCAGGAUGGCGGCAACGUCGUUCUCUACAAUGCCAAUACUGAGAUAGUCUGGAGUACAGGGACUGCUGGAGAAUGUUAG